CUACGAAAUCGUACGUGACUCGAGAUCGAUAAAACCGAGACGAAAAAGAUUGGCGAGUGUUUUAAAACUUCGAAAUGCACAUUAUCGUUGUUGGAGAGAAUUAACAGGAUACAUCCGCUAAUACGACAAGCCCCCUGGUAUAUUCGACCAAUUGUCAGAGAUUAUAGUAUGCGCAGUUCUGUCUGGUUGGAGGACCAUUCUUUACAUCGAAAUUAAGGCGACGUGAAAGUGACCUACCGGCAUCGAUGGCACGAUAGUGGCUCGGUCAGCUUCAUAAAACUUUCGAUUAAGAUAAAGGGCAAUAAAACAUGAAAAAAUGAUAGAACGAUUGAUUAGAGUCUUUGGUGUUGCGAUGUCGGUGAGACUCGAAAGCUCAUACACACGCUCGAUACAUGCAAUAAAGUUCAACGAAAGAGUUCUCGCUCGUCUCCGCAGCGGCAUUAUCGCCAACGGCAAGGCCAGUCUUUCCGUUUCGCUCUUGCAGACCACUGUUGAGUCGUUCCACCACACUUUCAUCACCGCUUUCUUCCAAACUUGAUCGAGAAUCAUGGGAUCUUCGGGCAAUACCGUCGUAACGAUGAAACCGUGGGGGAUGUUGGAUGGCAAACAGGUCGAGAUGUUCACUAUGAAAAAUUCGAAGAACCAAGAAGUCGAGUUACUGAAUUACGGAGCAACGAUCAGGAGCUUCAGGACCCCGGACAAGGAUGGAAAAAUCGAGGACGUCGUUCUCGGUUUCGACAAUAUCGAAGAAUAUCUGGCAUCGGAAAACUUGUGUUUCGGUGCGACGAUCGGUCGCGUCGCCAACCGAAUUCGUAACGGACGUUUCACCCUCGACGGAGUCGAAUACAACACUGGAAAAAACCGAAUCACGUAUACGCUUCACGGGGGCAUGAAAGGAUGGGGCUCGAAAGUCUGGACCGCAAAAAUCGUCGACAAUACGGUCGUGAUGACCCUUUUCAGCCCGGACGGUGACGAGGGCUUCCCAGGCGACGCAACAGCGACCGCGAUUUUCAGUCUCGACGACGAAGGCAAAUUCACCCUCGAAAUGAAGGCCAAUGUGACCAAAGCUUCGCCAAUUAAUUUGACCAAUCACGUGUACUUCAAUAUCGCUGGUCAUGGAAAAAAUGCAACGGAAUUGUACAAGCAAACUGUGAUGAUCAAUGCGGAUCGUUGGACCGUGGUCGAUGAAGAAAACAUUCCAAUCGGGGAAUUAAAAUCCGUGGCAAAUACUGUGAUGGACCUGCGAAACCCAGUGGUUUUGGGAGACGUCAUUAACAAAGUACCAGGCGGUGGCUAUGACAACAAUUUUUGUCUGCCAAAUGACAAUGCGGAGAAAAAAAUGACGUUGGUCUCAAAGGUCAAGCAUCCUGACUCCGGGCGAUAUCUUGAGAUUCACUCUAAUCAGCCAGGCGUGCAAUUCUACACCGCACUUUUCUUGCCAGAAGAUGGUACACCUGGCUUGAAGGGCAAAGAUGGACAAGCCUAUUUCAGACACGGGUCCAUGUGCUUGGAAACUCAGAAUUAUCCUGACGCCGUUAAUCACCCUAACUUCCCAGACAGUAUUUUGAGACCGGGUCAAGAAUACCACCACACCGUCACUUACAAAUUUGGAGUGGAAGCCUGAGGAACCGGUUUAUCGAGAGUGUAAUCAAGUGAAAUUUCUAUGAGGAAGGAUGAUUUUUUGCGACAAUUGUCCAUUUUUUUACUCAACGUUUUACAUUUUUCGCACCAAAAUUCAUUUCUGAGAAAACCUAACACCUUGUGAAAUACUCCCGAUGUUUUAUAAUUAUGUGAAAGAUUGAAUUGCAAUAAAUCACGUCAACUACGUCA